AGAGGGUCUCGCCCUGUCCGAGCAUGUUUGGUGUGUGAUCCUGUAGUGCUCAAGGCGGAGUUGCGGAGUCAACAGUUGCAGUUGUCAUUCCCCAGAAGGCAUGGAGGAGGGCAUUCUCUACUACUCUCUGCUGGUCCCCCUCACGCUGCCGGUGGCGAUGUUCUUCAUGUUCUGGGCAUGGAUGGGCUUUCAGGCUGUCAUCAACAAUUGAACAUACUCAGCAUGGAUUCUGGUGGAGGUGACGGUCUGACUGGCACCGAAUCGUCAAAUGCUGGCAGGCAUGGCGGUGCAGUGGCCGGUCCAUCUGGGGCCGACGUGGACCAGGCAGCCGAGCUCCAGGGCCUCGGCAUAUCGGUGUUCAGUGGGGCCGAUUUGGAGCGAGGUGUCCUGGAAGAGAUGGAUCGCAUUGUCCAACAGAAAGAGGCCGAAGAACGUAGGAAGGUCACCGAGAAGAAGCUGCUCGCUGUGCGCAGGGACAUCACGUGAGUUGUGCUUCCCCAGGUGUGGC